UGAGCAGCUAGCUACGGCCCUGUCGCAUCCUACUCCCUACCUUUGAACUUUAUAUAGGAAUUGCAAGAAUUAAGCUUCUCUAUAACUCUAUUCUUCUCUCGUACUUAGCUUGAUUAUUCUGCAUGCACUGAGAACAGUGAGAAGGCCGGCAAUGGCGGAUGAUGACUCAGUGGGAGGAGCCGGGACCAUUUCCCAGCUACUGUUCGAUGCUAACGACGUCGUUGUGAGCCUUGGGACGGGCUCAGACGGCUGCCUCAACUUCACUUCUUCCUCCUCCGGCCACCCUAACGCUUCAAAUAUGCUCUGUUUUGGUACAGAGGAUGAUUUACGACCCAUCAAGAACUUGAAGAAAAAGAGAAAAAAUAACGGGGAAGAAAUGGAGGAUGUAGAUAAUCAAAACAGGGGAAACUACUGCAAGAAGAAGAAGCCCAGUGGGACUGCCCAUGCCACAAAGGCAAAGAGGAGAGAGAGUCUUGGAGAUAGAAUUGCAGCAUUGCAGAAACUUGUGUCACCCUUUGGCAAGGGAGAUACAGCUUCGGUGCUUCAAGAAGCGAAGAGUUACCUAAGGUUUCUGCAUGAUCAAAUCCAAGCCCUCUCCUCUCCGUAUCUGAAGAACCAGCCGACUCCCCACGGCGGUGGCGGCGGCGGCGGGGAAGAAAACAGGGCCGGAUUGAAAUUAAGGAACAGGGGACUCUGUCUUAUCCCCGUCGACCUCACUUCGCCUAUAGCUUCUCAUUCUCCUCCAAACGGCGCUGAUUUUUGGUCACCCGCCGCCGUGUCCGGCUCAGCCCAAACAAAGAACCCGACCCACCGGAAUAAUUAAAAGAUUAAGAAAAGCGGAUAAUCAUUGCCUGCCUUACACAUUUUGUUUUUUGUUUCAAUCGGUCAAUGAUGAUUAGAUAGAUAUUGUAUAAUGUAGCAGCGAGCCAGUGGGUAUGAAGCUACUCGAAAUAUGGAUCCAUGCAUUUUUGGGCAGACGUUUUUAACUGGCCGGCGGGAAGGGUCAGAGUAGAAUUCAAGAAAUGUCAUCGGCUAUGAUCGGAAUGGGGAAAAAAGUAGAAAUGAUGAAUUAAUUGCGAAGUGUAUGGUUUUGGAAAGAUGCACAAGUUAAGUUAGCUUUCUUGUCAAACAUUGACUGAUGAUAUGUGAUAAUGGUGGGUUCUUUAAAAGCUAUGCGUUGCUUUUCUGGGUUAAACAGACAAGACUCUUCAAGCAUGGCAUGCCUUCCACUUGGUUUUUUCGUCAUCAUGAUGACUUCUUUCUCCUUUCUUUUUUACUGGUUGCCUAGCAAAGAAUCUUUCUUCAUAGUAUUACCGUAAAACUAUCAAAUAGUUUCUCGAACUUUCACAAAAAAGUCAAUUAAGUCCUUCUAUAAAAGACUCUGUUCGGUCGUCGCGAUUUGGGGCAGUUCUCGGUGG